AUGCGCAGGUGGUGUGCAGGCGAGGGCGGCCUCCAUGCCCCAUCCUGUCUCCUGCCACGCACGGACCAAGUACACCCCUACCCUACUACAAAAAGCCAAAGCGGGAACUUGGUGCGACGCGCGGACGUGGUGAUGGGCCUGAGAGGCGGUUCUGGCAGGGCUUGCGGCGGCGAGAAGGGCUAUAGCGGCAAAGCGCCUGGCACCAGCCCAAAAAACCUGCACGAUGUGAGGAUGCUGCGAACGCGACAGAAGACGCAGACGGGGGUCCUCCAUGCCUUGCUGUUAUUGGCACUGCUGUCGAUGGACGGGUCGGUGGGCGAGCAGCGGCAGGAUUUGACGCCCCUCCAGUGCGAUACAGAAGGUCUCCAAAGGAGCAGUGAGGACGCCUGCAGUGCUGUGAUUGAGGAAUCUUUCAAGAAUGAAAGCACAGGAGUUGGACCCUUUAUUAAGGGUGGGAAGACUGCUGAGUUGGAGAGAUUCCCCUACUUUGUGCGUCUCCUGAAGCAAGCUUCCCUGGAGCAUGCUUGUGGGGGGAUUUUGAUCGAUGCAUGGCACGUACUCACUGCUGCUCAUUGCCAGAAUUCCACUGGCAAUAAUCCACUUGCUUAUGUUGGGAGAAUGCAAGAGUUUGUGGGUGUGAAGACCAUGAUUUUGCACCCGAAAUGGAAUGGAAUCGUUGCUGAUGGGCAUGAUAUUGCCUUGGCUAGACUGCUCAGGAGUGUGGAGAACGUGAAGUUCCCAGUGCUUUCCCCUCCCAAAACGAAGUACAUCCAUGGCACAGUCGUGUCUGCCCUUGGAUGGAAUGAAUCCAUGGAUUGGUGGAACCCACGAGCUAUUGACAUUGCAGACACAUUGUGGGUGGUGGACCAUGAUAGGUGUUAUGGCGAUGUCAAGAAAGAUUUGAAACCCGGGAUGAUUUGUGCGUAUUCAUGGAAAAUGCGCCCAUGCCCAGGCGACUCUGGUGGUCCUCUCCUCAUCGCACAUGAUGAUGCUGGCUCAAUAAUGAAUGGCAACCCACAGGGGGACAUUGUCAUCGGCAUCGUAUCGUUUGGGAGUGUCAUCUGUGAUACAAAGAUCGAGCACCUCAGCACUGCAUACACUGAUGUCAGCGAAUACGCUCUAUGGAUACAGGAGGUCAAGAACUCUUGGAAUCCUGAGGUGUUUUGGCUCGGGGGGGCAGUUGCGAUUGUUGCCAUCGUGUGCACAUGCUACAAAUGCCAGGAUAAUCCCACACAACCCGAUGUCCCAGCCCAUUGUGGAAACAGGCCCCUGCAGCGAUCUGUGCUGGUGCGACAAACCACUCAGGAUUCUUUGCGAGGAGUAGCCGAGCUGUUCAGAGACAGUUAUAUGGGGGUGGCAGCACUGCAAGAGCUGCCUGCACAAGUUCUGGAGCCUGUUUCCAUUGGUGUGGCACGUGCAAUGCUCUCAAGGCGGCAGAAGCGCAUGCCAAAUCAUUUUGUGACAGUCAGCGGCAAAGUUCAAGCAAUUAUGGACCUGUUGCGGCUUCCUGCAACCACAACUGUGGCAUUGUCCGGCAUGGGCGGUGUAGGCAAGUCUACUCUGGCAAUGGCUGUGUACAAUGAAACCAUCCGCUCACCAGAGCUUGGCGAAGCAGUGUGGCUUAGAAUUGGUCGAGCCCCGAAAUGUCCUCGAAGCCUGCUUGUAGAGAUCUGGAAUAAACUCGGUGGACAAGAGCAAGACCUGUAUGGCGAAGUUGAUGACAUCCUUGAGAUGAUCCAGAAUGCAUUGGAACACAGAUGCUUAUUACUUGUUCUUGAUGAUGUUUGGGAUGCAGCCCACGUUGAAAAGCUAAUGGUCAUCAGCAAUACACAGAGCCGAGUGCUUAUGACAUCAAGACGGACAAGUCUUGCAAAGCAAGUCGACAUUAAUGCAAAAACCUUCAAUGUGGAAGUUCUGGAUGCCAAGGCUUCCCAUGAGCUUUUCUGCAGGUUUGCAUUCGGUGCUGCACAAGUGCCAAGCAGCAAACAGAGCUCAGCACACAUUGUUGACGAGAUGGUGCAGUUGUGUGGGCAGCUGCCGCUGGCUCUGAGGAUAAUUGGUAGAAUGGCUGCUGGGUUCCAAACAGAGCAUGAGUGGAGACAUGCCUUAAAAAAGCUGAAACAAUCGCAGGAGCGGGCUGGAGAAAUGGAGAGCGUGCUGUCUACCCUUAAAGUCAGUUAUGACGAUCUGGACAAAGACCACAAACUGAUGAUCUGCUGCUUGGUGUGCUACCCUGAGGGCUGUCACGUGAAACUGACAGACCUGGUGGAACAUUGGAUGGCGCUCCAGCAGCGGGACUUCGGAGAAGGCUUCGAAGGGAACAACUUGUCCCAUGAUGCAGUUGCUGUUCUGUACAAUCUCCGAGACCGUUCUCUGUUGCAUGUAGAGGACAAGGAAGGGGAACAGUGGCGUGAUGCGGUGUGCCACAUGCAUGGCCUUGUGAGGGAGAUGGGCAUCAUAGCAGCAAAAGGUGACCUGCCAGACAUGCACAACAUUGCGCUGUCAUUGCCCAUUUCAACCGAUGAGAGGGACCAUGCACAGUGCACGCACUCCUUGAUUCUGAGGGAGUACUUAAUGCCAACUUUGCCACCCCUCCUGCUCACCUGGGUGCAUCUGAAGGUGUUGGACUUAUCAGGCAGCCGCUUGGAGACGUUGUGUGGAGGUGUGCAGGACCUGGCAAUGUUAGAGGUCCUGAGGCUUGAUCGCUGCUCACUGAAGACCCUGCCAGAUGAGGUGACCAACCUGAGGCAGCUUGGCGUCUUGUCACUUCGGGGCUGCUGGCUGCUCACAUGUCUGCCAGUCCACCUCGGAAGCCUCAGUCGCUUGCAUUCAUUGUACCUGCAAGACUGCUGGGCUCUGGAAUACUUGCCUCAAACACUCACCCAGCUGCAGGACCUGCACAAUUUCGACCUUGCACACUGCAGACAGCUGCUGUCACUUCCUACAGGGUUGCAGUGCCUGAGCAACAUCGAAUUCUUGAGCUUGGGAGGGUGCUCAAGGUUGGAAAUGUCUUUGGGGAUGCAGAAUGACCCACUCCGCCGGGAGUAUUCCCUGAUUGAUGCCAUUGUGUCGAUGAAUUACUUGCAGUGGCUGGAUUUGCAUGGGCUUGAUAAUCUCAAACACAUUCCAGAUGCACUGGGGCACCAUUUGGCCCGCCUGCGACAGUUGGAUUUGAGUGGCUGCAGUAGCCUUGAAGCCAUCCCACGGUGCAUAGGACGCGUGACCAAUAUUCGUACACUGAAUCUGGCAUCGUGCAGUCGUCUUGCCAACAUUCCUGAGGCCAUCGAGGGACUGGUUCAGUUGCAGCACCUGGAUUUCAGCCAUUGCUCCAAUCUCAAGCAUCUUCCAAAGGGCAUAGGAUGUCUUACACAACUUCGUCGUCUGGACCUGAAUGGGUGCUCCCAGCUCCAGGACAUUCCAGAGUCCAUUCAGUCUUUGAGCCAGAUUAAUAGCUUGAACCUGAGUGGGUGCUGUUGCCUCAGCAGCCUUCCUGCAGCUCUUGCAGCACUCGUGCACCUGCGAUUCUUGAGUUUGAGUGGUUGUUUGGAAUUGACAGAAGUUCCGUUGGCCAUCUGGUCUUUGAAGCAACUCCGGCACCUUGAUCUCAGUGGGUGUCGUUUCAGUGCACCAACCCCAGGUAGUGCCAGCAACGAAGAAAUACCUGAUGCUAUUGGGGGCUUGGGCCAUCUUGGGACACUUAUCCUUAAUGGUUGCACAACCCUUACUCAGCUCCCUACAUCCAUCGGGUCGCUGACCCACUUGAGGACAUUCUUGCUGACUGGAUGCACCAAGCUCGAGCGAAUUCCAAAGGAGGUUGGGUUGCUCAGUCGGCUGAAGACCCUGGACCUCAGCGGCUGCAGCAGGCUAAAGGCGUUGCCAGAGGUCGGGGCUGGUUCAUGGCAGCACUUACAAACACUGGAUCUGAGUGGGUGCAGCAGUCUAGCUUCACUGCCACCCGUCAUGUCGUUCGAGCAGCUCAGGGGCUUGUUUUUGAGUGAAUGCACCAGCCUCAGCAGUCUUCCUGAUUCUCUUGCUUCAUUGAGGCACCUCCGGAUUGUCGAUCUCAGAGGGUGCUCCAACCUCAAGGCGUUGCCAGGAGAUGCGACGUGGCUCAGCCAGCUUCAACGGCUGGACAUCGAUGGUUGCUGCGAGCUUGAGAAGAAAUUUGGACAAAAUGAUCGGCCUGGCAAAGGCUACAGAACGUUCACACGGGUCCUAACUCUGAAACAGUACUUUGUGAGGGCUUUUACACGGCCAAUCCCAAAGAGCAGAUACCAAACACCUUGCCGAGUUGACAGGCUGCGGGAAUGGAGGGAUGCUUUUGGACGUAAAGGGAAAAAGGGAAAAGGUGUAUUGCUGCAGCGUAGCCCACCAGUGCGAACACAGCAGCAUUACGCACAGUUGCAACGUUCAACAGUGCUGCCACAGGACACGUUUCAGGAAUGGCUGGAAGCAAUUGGGGUGAAGCCAAGAAGGGCCAACGCUGCAACGCCAACGUUGCAGCAAUCCCCUCCACUGCGAUCACGCAAAUGA